AGAGAGAAAGAGCAGGGAAGGAGAUCGAUGGCGGAAUUCAGACAGAAAGCAUUUGGUUUGGCAGCGACAGACACCUCCGGCGUUCUCUCUCCCUUCCUUUUCUCUCGCAGGGAUAAUGGAGAUGACGAUGUGACAAUCAAAAUCCUCUACUGUGGAGUUUGCCAUUCUGAUUUGCACAGUGUGAAGAAUGAUUGGGGAAUCACUCAGUAUCCUAUUGUGCCAGGGCAUGAAAUUUCUGGUGUUGUGACCAAAAUCGGCAACAAUGUUGAGAAAUUCAAGGUUGGUAACAGAGUCGGGGUUGGGGUGCUAGUAAACUCAUGUAGGACAUGUGAUGUCUGCCAACAAGACCUCGAGAGCUACUGCCCUAAAAUGAUAUUCACAUACAACUCCACUGAUAAAGAUGGCACGAUGACAUAUGGUGGUUACUCUGAUACAGUUGUUGUUGACCAACAUUUUGUGCUUCGUUUCCCUGAGAACGUGCCAUCAGAUGCUGGUGCUCCUCUGCUUUGUGCUGGAAUCACUGUCUACAGCCCAAUGAAAUACUAUGGAAUGACUGAGGCUGGAAAGCAUUUGGGUGUUGCUGGACUUGGGGGACUUGGCCAUGUUGCAGUCAAGUUCGGGAAGGCUUUUGGGCUGAAAGUUACUGUUAUCAGUACCUCCCCGAGAAAGAAAGAUGAAGCCCUAAACAAGCUUGGUGCUGAUGCUUUUGUUGUUAGUACUGAUGCUGCUGAUUUGGAGGCUGCGACCGGCACAAUGGAUUUCAUCAUUGAUACCAUUGCAGCUGUUCAUUCGUUGGCUCCAUUGCUAAGCCUGUUGAAGAUGAAUGGAAAACUUGUAACAGUGGGAUUGCCCGAUAAGCCCCUCGACCUUCCUAUUUUCCCUCUAGUUUCCGGUCGAAAGAUGAUUGGUGGAAGUGAGUUUGGUGGUAUUAAAGAGACGCAGGAAAUGCUCGACUUCUGUGGGAAGCAUGGCAUAGCAGCUGACAUUGAACUGUUACGCGCGGAUGAGAUAAAUGCUGCUAUGGAACGACUUGCCAAAUCCGAUGUUAGGUACCGUUUUGUGAUCGACAUUGGAAACUCCAUCUGCAAUCUCUGAGAUAGCUUUCCGCAUCGAACCAAACAAUUUAUCCGUUUAUGAACUCUAUCAAAACAUUUUCCUUUAUCAUGGUAUUUCAUCCCGAGUUAGAACAUUGCUUUUGCUUGAGAUGUUGUUAAGAUACCAAUUGCUAUGAAAUCAAUCAUAUUUCGCUCC